AAUCUGAUAUUUUUCAAAAUAUUAAACAUAUAAAUGGAAUAUCAGUUUUUAUCUCACAAGGUUACUCACCAAUUCUUAUAAGUGAAGAUGCUACAAAAAAAUUGAAAACAAUCAAAGAAUUGCUUGAACUAAAUAUACGUGUUCUAGCCUUGAUCUUUAAUUCUGUAAAAUGUCCAUUAAAUGCCUUUAUAUUAUAUCAAAAAGAAAAAAUUAAAGAUAAUCCAAAUAUGAAUACUCGUCAAAUUUCAAAAAUUGCUAGAAACAAAUGGAAUAAACUGCCAGAGUCUAAAAAGGCACGUUAUAAGUUACAAUCUGAAAGUCUGAAAGGGCAUUAUAACACAAUUAAAAAGUACAACACACCAUAUAGUGAUCUUGAUACAAUUCCAGCCAGUUCAUUGCAAGAAUUUAAAGAUAUUUUAAUUCAACAAAUACAUCAUCAUUUACCAUUAAGCUUUACCAGAAUGGGACGAAAAGUUUUAUCAAUUCCAUGCACUGAAAGUCUAUUUGUUGGUAUUUUUGCUGGACAUAUUUAUCAGUUUUCUAGUAGUCCACGAACAUAUAAAUGUAGAUUUCAUGGAGAAUCAGCCUAUUCAACUUUAACAAAAAUUUUAGAAAAUUCUAAAUGGGGUCAAAAAUAUUAUAAUCAGAAUCAGCAAACAUAUAUUGUUUUUGAACAGCUAUCGAAACAAACAUCUUCUAAUACCAAUAUUACCGAAAAUCAAGAUGAUAUCAAUCUUCUAGAACAUUUAAUAUUAAAAACCGAUGAAGUUACCGAAUGGGCAGAGUUACCAGAAAAUUUAAAUGAAACUGAUGAGAAUGUGCCAGCAUUUGCUCAAGGUCUUGAUGAUAUAAUUAUAGUCAAGGUUGCUUGUGGUUCAAUAUAA